AUGUCUUCAGAAGCAGAGGAGGAAGAAGAAGAAGUGAACGACAGCCCGAUCGAGCAAGUCCGACUGACGGUUCCGAUCACCGACGAUCCCACGAUUCCAGCCCUGACUUUCCGGACAUGGGUCCUGGGAGUGGCGUCCUGCGUGUUCCUGUCGUUCCUCAACCAGUUCUUCAGCUUCCGGUCCAAUGCUCUGUACGUCAGCUCUGUUUCCGCACAGAUUCUGGUUCUGCCAAUGGGGAAGCUGAUGGCUGCCACUCUUCCGGAAAAGGCCAUCCCAAUUCCUUUCACCAAGUGGUCGUUUUCGUUGAAUCCGGGACCCUUCAAUAUGAAGGAACAUGUCCUGAUCACCAUCUUUGCCAACUGUGGAGCUACCGGAGCUUUCGGACUUACCGUUGUUACCACCGUAAGGGCUUUUUACCACCGGCAUAUCAACGUUAUGGCUGCUUUGUUGUUGAUCCUGACCACUCAGGAGGUUCUGUCAGAGGAAGCAAGCUCUCUCACCGUCUAG